ACACGCGCGGCCCGGCCGCUGCCGAGCUGUGAGCCCCGCGGAGUCCGAGACCCAGCUGUCAGCCAUGGGCCGGAGGAGGACGGCGCGGGGGCUGGGGGCUGAAGGAGGCCGCGCUCGCCACCCCGCGGGCCGCUCCCUGGAGGCCUUCGCGGAGGAGGUGGGCGCCGCGCUGCGCGCGUCCGUGGAGCCAGAGGCGGCCGAGGACGAGGGCAGCUCGGGCCCGGCGCGGCUACCCUGCACGCUGGCCAUGUGGGAGCUGGGCCACUGCGACCCCCGGCGCUGCACUGGCCGCAAGCUGGCCCGCCUGGGCCUGGUGCGCUGCCUGCGCCUGGGCCACAGGUUCGGCGGCGUCGUGCUCAGCCCCGUGGGCUCCCAGUACGUGUCCCCCGCGGACAGACAGCUGGUGGCACAGAGUGGGGUCGCUGUCAUCGACUGCUCCUGGGCCCGACUGGAUGAGACCCCGUUUGGGAGGAUGCGCGGCAGCCACUUGCGGCUGCUGCCCCACCUGGUCGCUGCCAACCCCGUCAACUACGGCCGGCCCUGCAAGCUGUCCUGUGUGGAGGCUUUUGCCGCCACCUUCUGCAUCCUGGGCUUCUCGGACCUUGCUGUCAUUUUGCUGCGGAAGUUCAAGUGGGGCAAGGGCUUCCUAGACCUGAACCGCCAGCUCCUGGACACUUAUGCGGCCUGCAGCAGUGCAGAGGAGGUGCUGCAGGCCCAGCAGGAGUUCCUGGCCCAUGCCAAGGAGCGCCCCAAGGAGGAGGAAAUCGGUGAGGCCUGGCGUGGACACAAGCCCCUGGUUGGGAGCCAGGACCCUCCAGAUCCUUUUGACGUGGAUUCUGGGCGAGAGUUUGCAAACCCCAACAGGCCAGUGGCUGGCACCCGGCUGCUUGCAGACAGUGGCGACAGUGACAGUGAGGACGAGGAGCGAGGGCCUGGUGCCGAGGACAGAGGAGACAGCAGCAGUAGCUGCUCUGAGGAGGAGCGUCCUCUGGGACAGGGGGCAGAGGCCAGGGCCCCCACAGAGGUUUGGAAAGGAAUCAAGAAACGGCAGAGAGACUAAAGGUGGCAGACACAUUUACUUUUCAUGGCGGAGCAGUAAGGAACUGGAGACGUAGCAGGACUUGUGGGGACACAGACGGGCCUGGCAUCCUCAGCCCCCGCAGCACUGAGCAGCACUGGACUCUGUCCCCAUGCUGCUGACACAGCUGUGCUCUGGGGCCUUCCAGCCCUCCCAAUGAAGCUGCAGGCCAAGGAGA